AUUUUGGUAUGCGGAGGAGUCCAUUGGAGGGAAUGGUGAGCGGUUAAUUUAAUUCCAGUGGUGGUAGCUUGACGAAGAAGGGUGCGCAGGUUAAGAGAAUCUGCUCUUUGCUUUCGUGCGCAGGAUAAGCAGAAGAGAGAGAGAGAGAGAGAGAGAGUAGAGCGAGAGGGAGAGAGAAGAGAAGCCCUAUGCGAAACGAUCAAUGUCUCGAAUGAAACAUCUGCUCCGAAAACUCCAUAUCGGAGGAAGCCUCAAUGAGCACCAACGGAUACCCGAGACCCGACCCGUGAUCAAUCCGAGUCCGAGUCCGAAUCAGUCAUCCCCCGUGGCCGCCGCGGCUCCAUCGUCGGCAUUGGGGAGCGUGGGAGGCGGUGAUGCGGUGGAUCGGGCGGCGGUGGAUUCACAAGAUGCUGCAGUCGAUUUCAGUUUCCUGGAGGAGGAGUUUCAGGUACAGCUGGCUCUGGCCAUAUCCGCCUCGGAUCCCGAUGCGCGAGAUGACCGAGAGACGGCUCAGAUCAAAGUAGCCAAGCGGAUUAGCUUGGGGUGUUCGCCGUCCACGACCGACACUGAAACCCUAGUUGAGUUGCUCUCGCUUCGAUACUGGAACUAUAAUGCUGUAAACUACGAUGAAAAAGUGAUGGAUGGGUUUUAUGAUGUAUAUGGUAUUACUGCAAAUUCAGUUGUGCAAGGAAAGAUGCCAUUGCUCGUUGAUCUACAAGCAAUUUCUGUUCUGGAUAAUGUUGAUUAUGAAGUGAUUUUGGUAGACCGCAUGAUUGAUCCUGAUCUGCGAGAACUUGAGGAUAAAGCUUAUUCUUUGUCCAUGGAGUACCAAGUUUCUGAUCAGUUGACUAUUUUAGAUGGGUUGGUCCAGAAAAUUGCAGAUAUGGUUGUUGAGAGAAUGGGUGGUCCUGUUGGUGAUGCUGAUGAAAUGUUGAAAAGAUGGACUAUCAGAAGUUAUGAGUUGCGGAGUUCUCUGAACACUAUCAUCCUUCCCCUUGGACGGCUGGAUAUUGGGCUUUCACGCCAUAGGGCCUUGCUCUUUAAGGUGCUAGCUGAUAGGAUCAAUCUUCCAUGUCUGCUGGUUAAAGGGAGCUACUACACGGGUACUGAUGAUGGGGCCAUAAACCUGAUUAAAAUUGAUAAUGGAAGUGAAUAUAUAAUUGAUCUAAUGGGUGCUCCGGGUGCUCUAAUUCCUGCUGAGGUACCCAGUAGUCAUCAUCAAAAUUUUGGACUAGAUGUAAGGAGCUGUACGGAUGUUAUAGAAGCUGCCCGAGAAUCACUUCUAGUGCCUGAAAAAGGAACUGGAUUUUCACCUAAUCUUGAUGUAGUUUCCAAGCCUGGCAGUUCAAAGUCAGAAGAAGCACCAUUUAUAGGCAUUCAAUCGAAAGGGGAUGACAGGAGUCCUGUUGAAAAAUUUGAAACUGAGAGAUUUGAAAAUGAAUUUGGGAACCUUCUUCCUUCACUACGUAAAUUAUGUGAAGGCUCAUCGGGAACCUGUGGGAAAGCAUCACCUGCACAAAAGAUGAAAGUUAAAGAUGUUUCCAAAUAUGUCAUCAGUGCAGCAAAAAACCCAGAAUUCGCACAGAAACUACAUGCUGUUUUAUUAGAGAGUGGUGCAUCGCCUCCUCCAGAUUUGUUUUCGGAUAUAAAUUCCCGGGGUCAGGUAGAGCAGAAAGUCCUUGAGCAAAUCCAUAUGGCAAAAGGGAAACAAGUGGAUCAUGGGGUUUGGUAUUCUCCUGGUGAGUUUUUGUUGAACAGUGAGCAACCUCUCAUGCCCUCUCACCAGGUGGAAACAAAUGUCACCAACUCAGACUUCUCUUUGCCUUCUGAUACUACAAGUGAGGGAUUUAUACUUAUUGGUGCUGGAGCUAAUGGAAUGAUCCGCACUAAUGCUACAGGAGAAACAUGCCAAAGACAACCUGAAAAUGCCUUAGUUAGUGAUGGUGGACCCUGCUUUCAGGAUAAUAUAGGGAGAAUUCUUAGUAACAUUGGAACAGAGAAGGAAUCUGCUUUGGGAUUGAUGGAAACAGCCAACGGUGCCUUGCUUAUUCCUUCCAAUGCUCACAGUGAGCAGAUCAACCCAAUGCUGGCUGAGGUUGCGGAAUGGGAAAUCCCAUGGGAGGAUCUUCAGAUUGGUGAACGUAUUGGUAUUGGCUCAUAUGGUGAGGUUUACCGAGCAGAUUGGAAUGGCACUGAGGUUGCUGUGAAGAAGUUCCUAGCCCAAGAUUUCUCUGGUGAUGCAUUGGUUCAGUUUAGAUACGAGGUUGAAAUCAUGUUAAGAUUGAGGCAUCCUAAUGUUGUUCUUUUUAUGGGAGCUGUUACUCGCCCCCCAAAUCUCUCUAUACUCACAGAGUUUCUCCCAAGGGGAAGUUUGUAUAGGUUAUUGCACAGAUCAAAUAUUCAACUUGAUGAAAAGAGGAGAUUGCGAAUGGCUCUUGAUGUGGCCAAGGGAAUGAAUUACUUGCACACAAGUCAUCCUACUAUUGUACAUAGAGAUCUGAAAUCUCCAAAUCUCCUUGUUGAUAAAAACUGGGUUGUUAAGGUUUGUGAUUUUGGGUUGUCACGUCUGAAGCACCAUACUUUUCUGUCUUCAAAGUCUACUGCAGGAACGCCUGAGUGGAUGGCACCAGAAGUUCUAAGGAAUGAGCCAUCGAAUGAAAAGUGUGAUGUGUAUAGCUUCGGUGUGAUACUAUGGGAGUUGGCUACCUUGCGCAUCCCAUGGAGUGGGAUGAAUCCAAUGCAGGUUGUUGGAGCUGUUGGAUUUCAAGACAGACGCCUAGAAAUCCCAGAAGAGGUUGAUCCAAUGGUUGCAGAGAUAAUAAAUGAUUGUUGGGAAGUUGAGCCACGCAAGCGGCCGUCGUUCUCACAGCUCAUGUCUCGUCUCAAGCAUCUUCAGCAUCUGGUGUUUGAAAGAGCAAGCUCUUCAAGACAAGCACAAGUGCAAUAGAAGAAGCGGCUCUGUUGUGCCCAAUAGUCCACCCCCCACAAAAAAGAAAAAAAAGAAAGAAAAAAAAAGGGACAGUUGCAGAAUUCAUAGUUGCAGAAUUGUUUGUUGGAAAAAAGAAACAUAAAGAGAGAGAGAGUACUGGAUAUGGAACAUGCUGGUUCAUUCAAAGUGGGAACUCAGCACAAAUGCUCAUCCACAUCCAGAACAAACUUGCGUGGUCAUCCUUCUACUUUAAAAAAAACAGCUGCGCUAAGUGCAGUUUAGAGAGGAUGCCAUUUGGAAGUAGUCGCCUGUAGUAAUGAAAAUAGGUAACAGUCAUAUAUCUGUAAGAAAGUUCUUCCCCACCCCAACCCCACCAAAAAAA